CUCAGCUUGAACGUUCCUCUCUCCUUCAGAGAACUUCCAAGCCUCCCUUUCCCCCCAUUUGGUUCGAAUCUAAGCAUCCAGUUUUUUGAGCUCUUCAAUUCCAUCAACUAUGCAAAUCCAAUCCCUAGCUUCUUCUUCCUCUUCCUCCACUUUGAGUCUCGCGUCCUUAACCAGGCCGCCUUCUCUGUCUCGCCGCCUGCUCGCUCCCAAUCGGCUCCGUGUCCAAUGCGCCUUCCGAUUCGACUCGGUCAACGCCGCCCUGAACACCGCCUCCGCGCCGUCCAGCGUAAAUUUCGCCGGUCAAGUCGGCGCGACGCGUGCCGAUUGGCAGAGCUCGUGCGCCAUUUUGGCAAGUAAGGUUGUGUCGCAGCAGCAGGAUGUUCAGAAGAGCGGCGGAGAUGCCGGCGGUAUCACCACCGUGAACGGCCAUGGUACUCUGGAUCUGGUCCCUCUCGAGAGCAGCCUUCCGAAGCCUCUUUCGAUUGCAGAUCUAUCUCCUGCGCCGAUGCAUGGCUCCCAGCUUCGCGUCGCCUACCAGGGUGUCCCCGGCGCGUACAGCGAAGCGGCCGCCGGGAAGGCGUAUCCGAACUGUGAAGCCAUACCUUGUGACCAGUUCGAAGUGGCUUUUCAAGCGGUGGAGCUUUGGAUUGCGGACCGCGCUGUCCUCCCCGUGGAAAACUCUCUCGGCGGCUCAAUUCACCGGAACUACGACCUCCUCCUCCGCCACCGCCUCCACAUCGUCGGCGAGGUCCAGCUCCCCGUCCACCACUGCCUUCUCGCUCUCCCCGGCGUCCGCAAGGAGUACCUCACGCGCGUCAUCAGCCAUCCGCAAGCGCUGGCCCAGUGCGAGCUCACCCUGACGAAACUAGGCCUCAACGUCGCGCGCGAGGCCGUGGACGACACCGCGGGAGCGGCGGAGUACAUCGCGGCCAACAACCUCCGCGACACAGCCGCAAUCGCGUCGGCACGCGCCGCCGAUCUGUACGGACUCCAGAUCCUGGAAGAAGGAAUCCAGGACGACUCGAGCAACGUGACCCGAUUCGUGAUGCUAGCGCGGGAGCCAAUCAUCCCGAGAACAGAUCGGCCGUUCAAAACCAGCAUCGUCUUCGCUCACGACAAGGGGACCAGCGUGCUGUUCAAGGUCCUCUCCGCCUUCGCCUUCCGGAACAUCAGCCUGACGAAGAUCGAGUCGCGCCCCCACCGGAACCGGCCAAUCCGGCUAGUCGACGACGAGAACGUCGGGACGGCGAAGCAUUUCGAGUACAUGUUCUAUGUGGACUUCGAGGCAUCAAUGGCUGACGUGAGGGCGCAGAACGCGCUAGCGGAGGUGCAGGAGUUCACCUCCUUCCUGCGGGUACUGGGGAGCUAUCCAAUGGACAUGACCCCAUGGAGUCCCUCCCGGGGAGAGUAAUAAACAAACAUUUUGAAAUCCCCAAUCUACCCUCCAAAUUCCCAUUCUUCUUCAAAACUUUCCCCAACCCCACUUGGAAACAAUAAUUGCCCUUGUAAAUUAAUCAAUCUAUCAUUUCGUAAAGAGAAACCUAUCCAAUUUGCAACUCAUUUCAGAUUUUUUCUCUUACGCAAUUCUAAUCCAAUUUA